UGAAACCCCUCUGUGGCCACAGAGGAGUAACUACUCUUGGUCAUUAGCAGAUGUAUCGGCUCACCACUCUGUUUCUGUCCCACUCAUGAGAGCACAAAGGUACUGCGGGAUUUACUGGUGACAGCAAAUUCUUGGCAAAAAAAGUUUAAAUAUUGAGAGAUGGGGUUUGGGGAGGACCUGUGGUGCCCGCAGGCGCAUGCUGCUAUCCUGCGACUGCUGGACUCGGAGCUUCACCUGAUGGAGACCAUGAAGAAGUGGAUGGGUCAGCGGGCUAAGAGUGAACGGGAAUUUUCAGUGCAGCUGCAUCACAUGGCUGCCAUAGUGGAGAAGCUGGACCGGUCUCAGCUUUGUGCAGGACAGGACUACAUCAGUCAGCUCAGCAAGUCGUGGGGAGUGCUGGUCUCUCAGACGGACUUUCUCAGUCAGGUGAUGAAGAAGUGCUCUGAGGAUCUGGUGGAUGGUCCGAUCAGCAAACUGACACUGCUCAUCAGAGACAAACAGCAGCUCCGCAAAACCUACGCGGAGCAGUGGAACCUGCUGAGGCAGGAGCUCGGCAAGGUGACCCAGACGGAGCUGGAGAGGCUGAAGAGCAGCUACAGACAGGCAGUGAAAGAUGCAGCUCAGGCCAAGAGGAAGUACCAGGAGGCCAGUAAAGAUAAAGAGCGAGAAAAGGCGAAAGAGCGUUACAUAAAGGCUUCACUGAAACUCUAUGAGAUGCAUAAUGAGUAUGUGCUGUCUGUGCGAGCGGCUCAGGUUUACCAUCAGCACCACUACAGUCAGAUCCAGCCUGCCCUGCUCACCGCACUGCAGACUCUGCAGCAGGAGAUGGUGCUCAUACUAAAGGAGAUCCUGCAAGAGUAUUUCGACAUCUCCACUCUCCUUCAUCACGAAGUGGUGCACAUCCAUAGGGAGAUGUCUUCAGCUCUAACGGCCAUUGAUCCUCUCAGCGAGUAUGAGAGCUUCAUCCACCAGAACAGAUCUGUAGGUGAGAUUCCUCCUUGUGUAGAGUUUGACUGCAGUUUCUUGGAGGACACUGAGCAGCUAAAUCCCAAGGACAUUGAAUUGAAUGACCUCACGUUUGAGACAAUCCAGCACAAGCUGACUGCAACAGAGGAGGAGCUGCUGAAUCUGGCUCGGACUCUGGGCUCCCAGCAGACGUCGCUCGAGCAGCUGGAACUGGAGCUGGAAGCCGAGCAGGAAGGCAUCAGGAAGGGCCAGAGGGUCUACCAGUUCAGCAAGAAACACGCAAUGGAGGAGUGCCGGCAGCAAGUUGCUCUGUCACAGGGCAUGAGAGCCAAGCUGGAGGUUCAGAGGCUUCUUCUGAAGGAGAAAUUGGACCAGCUGGGCUCCAAAGAGCCUCCUUCUGCUCUGAAGCUGGACUCAGACACUGUCUCUGUUUCUUCCAACACAGGCCAUGACCACAGCCAAAACUCCACCAAACUCCUCAUGGAUGGGAUCAUAAAUAAUCUGAGUGGCUUGUUUAAACCAAAAUUUGAGGUGCUUCCAGACCUCACCCCUUUGCAGAUGGUGGAUCGUCCUCUUGGGCAGCAGGACUGGUACCAUGGAGCCAUUCCCAGACUAGAGGUCCAGCAGCUGCUGACGAAUGACGGAGACUUCUUGGUGAGGAAGAGUCAAGAAAAGCCUUGUUAUGUGCUCUCUGUGCAAUGGGAUGGAGCCUGCAAACAUUUCCUCAUUCAGAAUAUGGAUAAUAUGUAUCGUCUGGAUGGAGAAAGUUUCCCAAGUAUCCCGCUGCUGAUCCAUCAUCUAGUAUCAUCAGAACAACACAUCACUAAGAGGUGUCACAUAGUGCUGAAGAAGCCUGUACUGAAGGACAAGUGGGUCCUGGAACACGAUGAUAUUAUUUUGGGGCACCUCAUUGGACGGGGUAACUUUGGAGAAGUGUACAGUGGUCUUUUACGGUCUGAUAACACUCCUGUAGCAGUGAAAUCCUGUAAAGAGAACCUGGCGCCGGAACACAAGAGUAAGUUCCUGAUGGAAGCCAGGAUCUUAAAGCAGUACGACCAUCCCAACAUUGUGAAGCUGAUAGGAGUGUGCACUCAGAAACAGCCCAUCUACAUCAUCAUGGAGCUCAUUCAAGGUGGUGAUUUUCUCUCCUUCUUGCGGAAUGAGGGUCACAGUCUGAAGUCUAAGAUGUUGGUCAAAAUGACAGAAAAUGUAGCAUCUGGCAUGGAGUACCUGGAAAGCAAGAAGUGCAUCCACAGGGACCUGGCAGCAAGAAACUGUCUAGUUGCAGAGGACAAAGUGGUGAAGAUCAGUGACUUUGGGAUGUCCCGUCAGCAAGACGACGGUGUCUAUUCCACAGAGGGUGGCCUUAGACAAAUCCCGGUAAAAUGGACUGCUCCUGAAGCCCUCAACUAUGGUCGUUACACAUCAGAGAGUGACGUCUGGAGCUUCGGUGUUCUACUGUGGGAGGCUUUUUCCAUGGGAAUGACGCCUUAUGCCAGCAUGACCAACCAACAGACACGAGACGAGGUGGAGAAAGGAUACCGUAUGCCGGCUCCACAUGGCUGCCCUGUGGAAAUCUCCAGGAUAAUGAGCAGAUGUUGGCAGUACGACCCCAGAAACAGACCAUCUUUCAAAAAGCUGCAGGCUGAGCUCAGUGUUAUAUACAGCAAAAUUGUAUGAUACAAGCCUUUGCAUUGCACAUGUACUGUAGAAAAGGUGUUCCUUGAAGGGGUGUGCAUACGAUUGACUGACAUUUUAAACAUGACCUGUCACGAGCAUGAAAGAAUGUUUUUGAAUGUUUAUGACUGCUGUCAGCAGGUGUCAUAUCACAUGACUUCGUUAUUAUGACAGAUGUCAUAUUGUGGUUAUGACAUGUUCUUGCACACUAUUUCAAAUAAAGCACCUGUUAAAGCACAGUGGUUAGCACUGUCACCUCAUAGCAAAAGGGUUCCAGGUUUGAAUCCCAGUCUGGGCCCUUCUGUGUGAAGUUUGCUUGUUCUCCCUGUGCAUGCGUGGGUUUUCUUCAGGUACUC